AUGGUUGAAAAGAACGUGACUAGAGCGGUGGUUGCCAAGCGGGUCGAUGCAGUAGCACGACGAGAAGAGGCUGUCGUGGCAGAAUCGUUGACCUCAAGCAUCCCGAUUGCAAUUGAUGCUCCACAACGCGCCGUAGACCCCAAUUUAGAUGACGAGUUCAUGACUCCAGAGGGCAGUGAUGAAAUUACUAAGAGUACUAAGACGGAGGUUUUGGAUUUAGACGCGAUUACCUUGGUCCCAAAGUUACCCAACGCUACUAUCGAAGCUAUAUUAAAUACGACCAACGUGCCCCCUCCGACAAUUGAAGUAUCCGACGAUAUAGAUCGGGAGCGAACCCAUAUCUGGGGGAAAAUCAAAGAAGCUCAACAGGCCGGCGAUGAUAUUCUGGUUAAAUACUUGAUGAAUGCGUCCGGUUUAAAUGAUCCUAUUAAGACUAAACCGGCUAUCGCGAGGGCCGUGUCAGCUACUCCGCUGUUUCUAUAA